CUUGCUGGAUUAGUCUAGUUGAACUUCGUUUCCAAUUUGACAUUUUCUGAAACAAAGUCUAUUAUUACGGGUCUCUAGUUCCCGAGAGGUCAAACAAAUUAGUUUUCUUCCAUUUGGACAGCGUGGAAUAACGAAAAUGAGUCCUGUUUGCAGAAAGUGGAGCCAGUUUUCAAAACACAUACAAUUGCCUGCUACACACUGAGCAUUGUGGGAUGCUAAACUAAGCAUUAGUGGGCAGCUGCCUACAACUUGGAGAAGGCAGAAGCAAGCAUCAAACCUCCAGACAUCAGAAUGAUUGUGGUGCUGCAGUUCAUGGGCCUCUGCCUGGCUUUUGUCUCGACUGUGUUUCUAAUCGUAGCAACUUGGACCGAUUGCUGGAUGGUAAACGCAGAUGACAGCUUAGAGGUCAGCCAAAAAUGCAGAGGACUGUGGUGGGAAUGUGUUACCAACACACAGGAUGGAAUCAAAACAUGUGACCAAUACGAUUCUAUUUUGGCAGAGCACCCAUUGAAAAUAGUACUUACUCGAGCCCUGAUGAUCACGGCAGAUAUAUUGGCAAGCUUUGCUCUAAUCAUACUCGUACUAGGUCUGGACGCAGUGAAGUUCCUGAGGGAAGAGCCUCGUAUAAAACUACGUAUGUGUUACAUGGCUGGCUUCAUCUUUGGAAUUGGAGGAAUCCCUGGAAUGAUCGGCUCCGUAUGGUAUGCAGUGGAUGUCUAUGUUGAAAGAGCGACCCUUGUUUUACAGAAUGUGUUCUUAGGAAUCCACUACGAGUUUGGAUGGUCUUGUUGGUUGGGCAUGGCAGGUUCUACUGGCUGCUUUUUGGCAUCAAUAGUCCUCACAUGUUGCCUUUAUAUAUUCAGAGAUAUUGGAUCGUCCAAGAGAAACCAGAGAUCUAUUUAUAAAUAUGGAAGAACAGCAACAGGGAAAAUGUACGCAAUUGACUCCAGAGUGUGAUCAAUACCUGCACAUUAAGGAUUGUAAACACAAUAAGCUACGUCUUCCAGAAGUAUUCAUAAAGAAUAGUGUUAAUACAACGUCUGAUGCUACCUGUAUUGUUGUCUUUUAUAGAGACUUGUGAAGAAGGAGCAAGACAAUAUCGGAUGUUUUUGAUGGAAUUAGUGGACUUGCUUUUGAUAUAGUCAUAUCAAUAUACCAAUAUUAAAUAAUAAAUGUAGAAUUUUAGUAUAUUAGCUAAUUACUGUAGAAAUCACAUUCACUACUUUUUCACUGUUGUUUUUCAAUGUAAAAUUCUACGAUAAUUGACAUAAUUUGUUUAUUACACUUGUAAUGUACUAGCUAAUAUUCAACUUAUUAUUUGUUGGUGGCUGAGAUGUUAAUGUUGGCCAUUUAUAACAUCCACCACCAACUGUGACAUUUUGAAGAAUUUCGUUUUAAAAGUAAAGUUUUCUCUUUAUUUGUGGAGUUAUUUAUAAUACAGUGAUUUGCAGAGUACAUAUACCUGCCAUUCUAAAAAUAUUUUUUAAGAUAUAGCUUUCAAA